AUGUCACCCAAAGGAGGGUGCGGCAAGUCGACGACGGUGAUGGUACUGGCGUCGGCGUUAAGCACAAAUGAAGAUCUGUCGAUUGCGGUUGUAGACGCAGACCCCCGUCAAAGCUUAGCGCGCGUGUGGAUUGGAAAGAGGGAGGAAAGUGAAAUCGGAGAGCCGCCUUUCACCGUAACAUCCGAGAUCAAGGAAACCGAGAUCGUCGACAUGUUAGAGAAGGUGGAAGAGUCCGCCGAUGUAGUCAUUGUCGACCUGGAGGGCGCUGCCGGAUUGAUGUCAUCCUACGUUGCCACAAGCGCAGACCUUUGCAUUGUUCCGAUGAGACCGAGUGCGUUGGAUGGGGAUGCGGCCGGAUCGGCGCUCAAGUUGAUCCGUUCGACAGGGAAAGCGAUGAAGCGGGAGAUUCCUACAGUCGUCCUGAUCACUCAAACAGAUGCAGCCAUCACAACGCGGUCGCACCGAGAGGUAGUCGAAGAACUGGACAGUGCUGGCAUUCGUCGAUGUAGCGUGGAGCUAAUGAAAAGAGCCCCGUUCGAACGCAUGAUGGCGGAAGGAAAGACUCUCUUCGAACUAGCGGAUACCGAAUCCGUCGCCAAAGCCCGAGAGAAUGCGAAAGCAAUGGCGAGGGAGAUAGUAGCUAUCGUGGAGGCGAACCAUUGA